AUGUUCAAACUGUUCGUAUUCGUCUGCUUCCUGGCCUUCGCUGCCGCCAAGCCCAGCGUGUUUCCGGUGGCAUACACAGCAGCAGCGUACACCGCUCCGGUGGCAGCAGCGUACACAGCUCCCGUAGCUUACUCGGCUUACACCGCUCCGGUUGCCUACUCCGCUUACUCCGCCUACGGCUACGCUUCACCCUACGCUUCCCCGUACGCUGCUGCAUACUACCUUCGCUGA